AUGUCGGGCGCAUACGACGAACGGCUCCUCGCGAGCGCGCCGGCCGCCACGCGCGCAGAGAAACAGGCGCGUGAAGGAUAUAACAUCGACCUCCUCGACAACCGGCAUGCGGCGCCCACCUCACACACUCCCCCACCCGUGCCCGUGCUCUCCGCGAACCACACCAAGGCCGAGGCGGGCGGGUACGCAUACCCGCCGCCCGCACGGUUGCCGUGGUACAAGACCCGCAAGUGGAUCUUCAUCAUGGCGCUCGGUACCGUCGUCGUGCUCGCCGCCGUGAUCGGCGGUGCGGUCGGCGGCACGGUCGGGCACAGUAACAAGAACGCGGCCGCGACGAACGGGACUGCUACUAGUACCGGGGGCGGGGGUGCGGCCGGUCCGGCUGUGACGGAGGGCGCGGGUGCGGGCACCGCAGCGACAACGACGAACGCCGAGAGUCCAGCGAGUGCGGCGUCCGCGGCUCUGAGCGGAAGCCAUCAGCGAUAG